AUGACAGUGACCCCCAACCCCGACAACCAUCACCACCACUUUGGUGACAUCAACCCCAACGCCCACCAGCACACAGACCCCAACCCCGACACCCACCAGCACACAGACCCCAACCACUCCAACAACACACUCUCACCACCACCACUACAUGACCCCAACCCCGGCACCUACAACCACAGAGACCCCAACCCCAACACCUACCAACACAGGGACACCAACCCCAACACCCACUGGCACACAGACCCCAACCCCGACAUCCAUCACCACCACCACUACGGUGACCCCAACCACAACAUCCACCAGCACACAGACUUCAACCCCGACACCCAUCACCACCACCAUGACAGUGACCCCAACCCCGACAACCAUCACCACCACUUCGGUGACAUCAACCCCAACGCCCACCAGCACACAGACUCCAACCCCAACACCCACCAGCACACAGACCCCAACCACUCCAACAACACCUAUCACCACACCACUACAGUGACCCCAACCACAACACCCACCACCACCACCACAGAGACCCCAACCCCAACACCCACCACCACCACUACAGUGACCCCAACCCCGACACCUACAACCACAGAGACCCCAACCCCAACACCUACCAACAGGGACACCAACCCCAACACCCACUGGCACACAGACCUCAACCCCGACAUCCAUCACCACCACCACUACGGUGACCCCAACCACAACAUCCACCGGCACACAGACUUCAACCCCGACACCCAUCACCACCACCACGACAGUGACCCCAACCCUGACAACCAUCACCACCACCACUUCGGUGACAUCAACCCCAACGCCCACCAGCACACAGACUCCAACCCCAACAUCCACAGCACACAGACCCCAACAACUCCAACAACACCUAUCACCACCACCACUACAGUGACCCCAACACAACACCCCCACCACACACCACAGACACCAACCCCAACACCCACCACCACCACUACAGUGACCCCAACCCCGGCACCUACAACCACAGAGACCCCAACCCCAACACCUACCAACACAGGGACACCAACCCCAACACCCACCAGCACACAGACCCCAACCCUGACACCCAUCACCACCACCACUAUGGUGACAUCAACCCCAACACCUACCACUACAAGCACGGAGCCCCCCAGCCCCACAAGCACAGCACCCAUUUCUGAGUCAACCACAUCCAAACCCCCACCUGAGUCCUCAACCCCUCAGAUAUCUCAGUCCACCUCUUCCCCUCCCACGGAGUCAACCACCCUUUUGAGUACUGCACCACCUACUAUUGAGACGACCAGCACGGCCCCAUCCUCCACACCCACGUCACCUACAGCCACCACGGGAGGCCACACACUGUCUCCACCGCCCAGCACCACCACAGCCCCUCCAGGCACCCUCACUCACAGUACCACGAUCGGGUCAUCUUCACCCACCACCACCAGCGCCUGGACCUCCACGCCGACCCCAGUCUCCACACUCAGCAUCAUCACGACCACAGGCCCGACGUCCAUCUCCCCCCAGAUUAUCUGCUGUUUUCUGAACGACACCUUCUACGCACCAGGUGAGGUGGUGUACAACGGCACACACGGAAACACCUGCUAUUUCGUGAACUGCUCACUGAGCUGUACCUUGGAGAUCUAUAACUGGUCCUGCCCAUCCACACCCUCCCCAACGCCCACGCCCUCCAAGUCGACGCCCACGUCUUCCAAGCCAUCGCCCACGCCCUCCACGCCAACGGCCAGCACCAAGCUCUACGAUUGCCCAGACUUUGAUCCUCCCAGACAGGUGAACGAGACUUGGUGGCUGUGCGACUGCUUCAUGGCCACGUGCAAGUACAACAACAUGGUGGAGAUCGUGAAGGUGGAGUGUGAGCCGCCGCCCAUGCCCACCUGCUCCAAUGGCCUCACCCCCGUGCGCGUCACGGACCCUGACGGCUGCUGCUGGCAUUGGGAAUGUGACUGCUACUGUACGGGCUGGGGGGACCCGCACUAUGUCACCUUCGACGGACUCUACUACAGCUACCAGGGCAACUGCACCUACGUGCUAGUGGAGGAGAUCAGCCCGUCCGUGGACAACUUCGGAGUUUACAUCGAUAACUACCACUGUGACCCCAACGACAAGGUGUCCUGCCCCCGCACCCUCAUUGUGCGCCACGAAACCCAGGAGGUGCUGAUCAAGACCGUGCACAUGAUGCCCAUGCAGGUUCAGGUGCAGGUGAACAGGCAGGCGGUGGCAGUGCCCUACAAGAAGUACGGGCUGGAGGUGUCCAAGUCUGGCAUCAACUACGUGGUGGACAUCCCCGAGCUGGGCGUCCUCGUCUCCUACAAUGGCCUGUCCUUCUCCGUCAGGCUACCCUACCACCGGUUCGGCAACAACACCAAGGGCCAGUGCGGCACCUGCACCAACACCACCUCGGACGACUGCAUUCUGCCCAGCGGGGAGAUCAUCUCCAACUGUGAGGCUGCGGCCGACCAAUGGAUAGUGAACGACCCCUCCAAGCCACGCUGCCCCCACAGCAGCUCCACGACCAAGCGCCCGGCUGUCACUGUGCCCGGGGGCAACAAAACGACCCCACACAAAGGCUGCACCCCAUCUCCCCUCUGCCAGCUUAUCAAGGACAGCCUGUUUGCCCAGUGCCACGCGCUGGUGCCCCCACACUACUACGACGCCUGCGUGUUCGACAGCUGCUUCGUGCCAGGCUCGAGCCUGGAGUGCGCCAGUCUGCAGGCCUACGCAGCCCUCUGCGCCCAGCAGGGCGUCUGCCUCGACUGGCGGAACCACACGCAUGGGGCCUGCUUGGUGGAGUGCCCGUCUCACAGGGAGUACCAGGCCUGUGGCCCUGCAGAAGAGCCUACGUGCAAAUCCAGCUCCUCCCAGCAGAACAACACAGUCCUGGUGGAAGGUUGCUUCUGUCCUGAGGGCACCAUGAACUACGCCCCUGGCUUUGAUGUCUGCGUGAAGACCUGCGGCUGUGUGGGACCUGACAAUGUGCCCAGAGAGUUUGGGGAGCUUGAGUUCGACUGCAAGAACUGUGUCUGCCUGGAGGGUGGAAGUGGCAUUGUCUGCCAGCCCAAGAGGUGCAGCCAGAAGCCUAUUACCCACUGUGUGGAAGAUGACUACCUCGCCACAGAGGUCAACCCUGCUGACACCUGCUGCAACAUUACUGUCUGCAGUAAGGCCAUCCCCUGGGGCCCGCACCACCUCUCGGAUGUGCACACAUCCCCGUAG